CGGCCUGUUUGUCAGGGCAGACUACACUAGUCCAUUUCUCCUGGCGGCUUGUACAGAGUUGAUCCUCGCGUGCGUGUUUUAGAACCGCCAAGUUGCGGCAGAAAGGUCUCAAAAAGGAGGUCUGUGUUCAGAUGCAGUUCAUGCUUCUGUUCAGUCGCCAGGGCAAGCUGAGGCUCCAGAAGUGGUACGUGCCUCUGUCAGAUAAGGAGAAAAAGAAAAUCACCAGGGAGUUGGUGCAGACCAUCCUGGCCCGCAAACCCAAGAUGUGCAGCUUUCUGGAGUGGAGAGAUCUCAAGGUGGUGUAUAAAAGGUAUGCGAGCCUGUACUUCUGCUGUGCCAUCGAAGAGCAAGACAACGAGCUCAUCACCCUGGAGAUCAUCCACAGAUACGUGGAGCUGCUGGAUAAAUACUUUGGCAGCGUCUGUGAGUUGGACAUCAUUUUCAACUUUGAAAAGGCCUACUUCAUUUUGGACGAGUUCCUGUUGGGCGGGGAAGCUCAGGAGACCUCCAAGAAGAAUGUGCUGAAGGCCAUAGAGCAGGCAGACCUGCUGCAGGAGAAUAUAGACUCUCAGACGCGCCUGUUUGCAGGUAUGAUGGUCCCAAAUAUGGCCUCAGAGUCCUCAGGACUCUUUCAGAAUCAGGCCAUUUGAGCCCCGUCAUGAGUACUUUACUGUGCCUGUGUACUGACUGGCUGCCGCCACUGCUGCUGCUGCUGCUGCUGCUGCUGCUUUCCACCAUCAUGCAUGCUGAGCUCCUCAGUGCCUGGCACCUGUCUUUCCCUCUCAGUCUUCUGCUGGGGAUGUUUUUUUUCUUUUUUUUUUUAAACCUGAGAGUCAUGGUACAAUAGUGUCACAAGAGUGUACUUUCAUCUGAUCCAGAUUAGAUUUGUGUUUAUGAACAAUGAUGCUAUUGACACUGUCAUGCACCAUACUCAUUGCACUAGUUUAUGUUUUUAAUGGUUUUCAGUGAAGAUUUUUAACCCACCUUUCGGAGGAAAAUUAGGAUUUUGGCUCUUUAGUUUGCAGUCAAACACUUAUCCUGAAUCCUAAUUCACAGAGUUCAGGUUUAGAUUGCAUUCCAAAUAGGGAAGCACUGUUUUCUCGGAGCAGGAGACCUGAAGCAGAACCACUGCUUAUCUGCAUUGACAGUAGUUUAGGUAGCAACCAGGCAUCAUGGCUGUAAAGGUUUUUCCCCCCGCACUGUCUCUCGAACAUUGCGUCUGAUGGAUAAGCUCAUGAUGGAAAGGAGUUCGAUCAUUCAACUAAAACCUACUGUUCAAUGAAAAGACUUCAAGUGGUUUUGUUUAAACUGAGAUCGUGGUGGUUGUCGUUGCUUAACUUACCUAGAUGUUUUUGCAACUAAAUAUGCUGAAAUCGUUGCCUAUGCUCAGAGAGCUGAAGCUCAACUACAUCUACCGCACUUUAAUGUUGAGCGGUGCGACCAGCAUCACUUGUCUUCAGCAUGUCUGGAUUUGUCUGGAGAUGAACCCUGGUCCAGUAAAUCAAAGGGAGUCCCAGUCAAGGCCACGAUGGAAGGUGUUUUCUGUGAGGGAGAAAUGGGAGCUGGUAUUACCUCUGUCAUAAUCUACGAUUACCUUUUGGUCCAGUUUGGAUUUCAGGGGCAGAGUCAAUUUAAAAAAGUAAUCUAGCGCUCAAAUUUUGCAAAAAUAUUUAACGGUUUUUUUUAAAUCACGUUUGCCGUUUGCAGAUUUGAUUAUGAUGCACUGUCUCGCACAGAACGUACCAUUAACAUAGUGAAGUACAAUUGAAAUUGGCUUCAUAAUUUAAUAAUCGUGUGGAUGUAGUGGUAAAAUAAGUACAGUAGUCACUGUUACUUCAUUUCGAAUGCAGUUAAGGCCUUUAAACAUUAAAGGCUGAACCUGAAACCCUGCUGAUGCCAAUAAUCUCUGUGCUCUUGAGAUAGUUUUUUUUACUCGACUUACUACGUAUUUAUGAAAAGUCUGCCCCCUGUUGGACUGGUGGUGUACGGCAUUUUGUUCUUGCAUUCAACUGCUGAAUGCUGAGAGCGUCUUCAUCUGGUAAUAAAGAGAAUUUAAGAGUCUUGUGCUUUAGUUUCCAUCACUUUGUCUUCUCUUUAAAUAGAUGUUUAUGAAAAUGUAUACACUAACCACUGGGUUACACUUUGAUGGGGCAGCAAGUUACCAGCUUAUACCUGGACUUUUUAAGCAUCAGGAGCUACUGAAGCUGCAACUGCUCCACUUGCUCUUCCUUGACCCACUUCUGACCUUUCAUAAGCAACCAGGUCAUGUAUUACAGCCUGGACCAAGGUAGGUCGCAAGACAGUGGUCAACCAAUUCAUUUUAGUUUUUGAGAGCUUUUGAAGUUUUCUACUGAAAUGAUUUUGUCUCAAGUAGGUUUUGUGAGACACAUACUUUUUCCCAUAAAAUACUGGCAGGAUACUCAAAACAUGUAAUAGUUAUAAUUAGCUCCAUAAAUUAUAACAGAUUGGUACUCGAUAUGAUAUGAUUCUUAUUUAAGUUCAUUUUCUUUUUUUUAUCAAAAUAUAUGAAUUGGUCUUCAUGGUAGAUAAAUAAAUUGCUUCACAUGUAUUAAAUUACUUGGCUUUAUUUGAAAUAACCGUUGAGUUAAUCUAUUUUAGACAAAUUUUAUCUCUUUAUUUACAUUUAUUUAAGAGGAAAUUUGCAGUGUCCUACAUGUUUUCUCAUUGUUUAGUAUAUGUAUUAAACUCUGAAUCGGAGUAUUAAAAUACAACAGAGUCCGUUAAAUGAGUUGGCAUGGAAUUGUUUUUUUUUUUCUUUUUGUGAACUGGGUGAUGUAGAAAGGUUGCUUUUCUUUCUUAAGUGUCAUGUACAAGUUAGUAUGUAUUUACCCUCUUUGGCUGGAGUGGGGAACAGUCGAGAGUUGAUCUCAAAUAAUAAUUUCUUUUUCUUUAAGUAAUUACUAGUUGGCAUUGCUUAUAUUGCUAAAACAAUUUUAUACCAUUUAAAUAUUGAUACAAAAGCUUAUCUAAUCUAAUAUAGUGUAAUCUAAUCUAACAGUGAAAACAAAUGCAUAUGCAGAGUAAAAAAAAAACACAUUUACUUCUGAUUAUUGCCUUAAAAUAAUCAGUAAGUAAAUGCGCUUUUGGACUGAGAACUACAUGUUUCCCCCGGGCCGCACUUUGCCCAGGUCUUUCUUCAAAGAAACUAUACACUUUCUGCCGUCAGCAAUGAUAAGCUCACAGAUUCCUAAGUACGACUGGAGCUUCAUUACAAUGUUAAUAACUGUUGCUGCCAUAGUUGUUGAGCACACAACUACAGCUGACCGUCCAUGUAAUUGCAUGUAACAUCUGCUUUGUAAAAAUGGCAGCAUGAUGGUCAAGGUCUGUUGUGCACUUGUCAUCAUUUGUCUCAGUACAGUUGUGGUCCGU